AUGUCGCUUAGCAGAAUCUGCACCCUGCAGUCGCACCUUCGAACGGUUGGCAAAGGUUUCCAGCUGGCCAGACCAGCUCGCAGUUUAGCAGUCAAUGUUCGUGCACUCAGUUCCACCUCGCUGGUUCGCGACAAACAGCAAGCAGCAGCAGCAGCAACAAAACCUGUCCAAAAACAGCACGACUGGAAUCGAGCCGUGAGCGAGGCGGAAAAAAUCGUCGGUUAUCCGACUUCAUUCCUCAGCCUUCGGUGGCUUCUCAGCGACGAAAUUGCCAAUGUGGCACUGCAUUUGCGGAAGCUGGUCGGAAGCAAUCAUCCGCUGCUGAAAACGGCCAAAAUUCUCAUCUACAAUGGCAAGAACAACAUGCAAGCCUGGGGUCUCAUUGUGCUGCUUAUUUCGAAGGCGGCCGGACACGCGGCAUCGAUUCCAGAUCUGGAACAGGACAAAAGCGCCGGCGUUCUACACUCCCAGCGUGCCCUGGCGGAGGUGACGGAAAUGAUCCGCACCUCGCAUCUGGUGCACCAGGGUUUGGUCAAUUUGCAGCCCUUGGCGAAUGCUGGAAACGAACUGAGCGGCGAUAGUGAAAUGAUUUUUGGCAAUAAAAUCGCUUUGCUCAGCGGUGAUUAUCUGCUGGGGAAUGCUUGUUUGCAGUUGGCAGGUUUGAGAAAUCAAGAGUUGAUUGAGCUUAUAUCGUCGUCGGUGCGGGAUCUGGCAGAAUCCAAUUUCAUCGGCGAUCGCGAUCAACAGAAUAAUCCACUGCCGUCUCAGCCGGAACAAAGGUCAGCCAUCUCCGAACAGGACGGAGAUGAUUUGGGAUUCGGGGAUCUGGAAGAUAAUACUCAACCGCUGAGUAUCAAAGAUGUUCUGGGAAACCCCGAAAAAGAAUGGUCCCUGCGGCAUAUUCUAGGUGCCGGUAGUUUACUCGGUAAGAGUUGUCAGGGUGCAUUAAUUCUGGCAGGACAGCCAGUAAAACUGCAGAAGCAAGGUUACCUAUUUGGAAAGCAUCUAUCGCUUGCGUGGCAAGCUUGUAUUGAUAUGGAACCAUUCAGCAGUCCCAACUUGCCCCCAGGCACACGUUUCAGUCUCAUCUCUGCUCCGGUACUCUUCCACCUGGCACAUGAUCCGGGUUUGUACGAAGAAAUCAAGAAAGGACGCGAAUCGGUUGACAAUAUCGACUACGCCAAAAUUCACAGUGAAGUGAUCAAGGGACCCGGUCUGGAAAAGACCCGUAAUCUGCAGAAAAAGCACAGUUUAGCAGCGAUGGCUGUUAUGAACGAGUUACCUCCUUCGGAUGCCCGAACCGCACUACAGAACAUCAUACUGGCAAUGCAGGACUUAUAAGUUGGAAUUAUGCGAGGAGAAUGCAGUACCCACUGAAUAUAGCUAGAAAACGACUCUUCAGUUUUCUUUUGUAGUCAAAGAAAAAAAUGAGUGAUGAAACCAGUGUUUUGUGAAAAAUAGUUAAACAACCAUUCCGUCCAGUCUGAAAGCCGUAAUUUGAUUGAAUGAUCAACAGAUUGAACAAUGAACUUACGAUUAGUAAUAUAAAUAUUUCGUACUAACUACUCAGUAAAAAUAUGAACCCUAGAUAUAUGGCUGAUAAUUUUAAGUGGUGAUUGUGUUUGCUCGUAAUGGAAUUUAAAUCU